CCUUAAAGAGAAACAACAAAACUAAAAGGAGAUUAUCAAAAAUUGAACAAAAUAAUUAAAUUAUCCUAUAACUAGUGAUUAUUAAAUGAUAAAAAUAGGUUUAAAUUGAUAACGGAUUAUGGCACCACCGCCUCAAAGAAGGAACGCGACACAUUCUAGACCAUCGGCAACAACUCCGAUGUCUGAAAGACAACAAAUGGCCCUAUUAAUGCAAAUGACUUCAUCGACAACAGAAGCUGAAUUAAGUCCAAACAGUCAGAAUAAUAAAGCUAAGGAUAGAAAUGAACGAGGUGAAACACCACUUCAUAUUGCCGCGAAAAAGGGAGAUUUGGAAGGAGCUAAAAAAUUGCUGGAACAAGGAUCAAAUCCAAAUGUUACAGAUUUUGCUGGAUGGACACCAUUGCAUGAAGCAGCAAAUCACGGACAUUAUCAUUUGGCUCAGAUACUUAUUAAAUUUGGAGCAAAUGUCAUGGCUACUGGUUUAGAUGACAUGACUCCUUUACAUGAUGCUGCCAGUUUUGGAAAUCAAAAGCUCGUUAAGAUGCUAAUUGAAAAGGGUGCAGAUCCUUUAUUUAAGAACAAAAAAGGAAAAUCUCCUCAAGACUUAGCACAUCCAUCUGUAGUAAAUUUCUUCAACACUGUUUUCACAGACAUGGCAAAUAAGCAACAAAAGAAGACAGUUGGAGAUUUAAAGAAAUCGGCAGAGAAUGAGGAUACAGGAACAGUGGCAUCGACAAGCUCUGCACCAUCAGACAUUUAUGAAUUUGUUUCAACACCAAAACAUUCAUCGUGCAGUUCCGGAGAUGAAAAUCCAAUAAAAAGUUUUAAUAAAUCGUCAGAUGAAAAAAGUGGUACGGAUAGUGACUCGCCAACAAUGAAUGCAGUCCCAUUAAAUGUUCAACAGAAAAGGACAUUAAGUGAUCAGGUUGAUCGAAAUGAUGGAACGUCAUCGCCAACAGAUGAUGAUUCUAAACGAAAGAAAAGGAAAGAUUCAGAUUUUGUGGUCAAAGAUGGAGGAAUUAAGGCUAGUGGAACAUCAACAGGAACAAGUAGGCUUGGAUCUCGAAUAAUUGGUCAAAAAAUUCCUGGUCCAGCAUCGAAAACAUUAGGUUUGAUGAAUAAAACUGGUGGAAAUAUUGAACGUAAAAGUCCUUGCGAAACUCCAAAUGUUCAAUCAGCAAAAUCACCAGAAACUGAAAUUGAUAAUGACGAUUCGAAGAAUGGAGAAGGUCCGAAAGUGCCACCAUUAAAAAUAGUAAUACCACAACAACAAAAUUCAGCUGGUCCUUCAAACGACUCACAAGAAGGAGUUCAAAAUUCAAAUUUGCGUGCAAAUAAAACAACAAUAACAAGAAAUGUCUCAGGACAUCCUUAUAUUAUGACAACUGCAAACGAAAGUAGUAAUAUAACAAAUGAAAAGGAGUCAAUUAGUACGAUAACAUCAGUAGCAGCAACAAUAACAAGAGGACAAAGUCCAUCUGUUGAUUCCAACAAGUCGAGCGAUGAUACAAAGCCUUCAAGUAAAUCAAAAGAAUCGCGCAUUUUAAGAAGUUCGCAAAGAAGUGGAAAGGAUUCGAAAGAUGAUCGAAGUUCCAAUAAUUCAUCUCCUCAAUUGCCAGUUAGUUCAACACCGUCACCAGCUGCUCAAAACACAGACAGUUCCUCAAAUGGAAAUGGAAAUGAUUCAGAAGGACAUCAUUUAGUACAAACAGUCCAGACUUCUUCAAUUCAGACAUCUGUCAGUUCGACAUCUGCAAUAGUUUCGACGUCAACGUCGUCGCUACAAGUUUCAGCAGCAGCAAAUAGUAAUAAUCAACAAUCAACACAAUCUCAACAACAGGCACAAGGAACGUCAACAGCGUCAACAUCAUCGCAAAGUUCGUCUGUUGAUCUUCAUCCCAGGAAAAGAAAAAUUAAAGCAAGCAGUAAGGAAUCAUCACAAAAUUCCUCAUCCUCUUCGUCUACAUCAUCAUCAUCGUCAUCUAAUGUAGAUAUUAAGGAUAAUAAUUCAAAAGAUGGACAGGAAAAAUCAAAUGAAUCAGUUCAUCCUCAUGAUCAACCGUUUGCUAAUUGUUAUCAAAUGUAUAUAGAUUUAAGGAAACAGAUUGAACAGAGACACAGAAAUUUACAUCCAAUAGAACCGAGACCUCUCAAGGGACUCGAAGAUUAUCUCAUGAAUCGUAGAACUUAUUCUUUGCAAGGUAAGACACCUACUGAGCCAAAUAUCAUCAUUCCGCCACUUUUACCAACUCAAAUGAAAGAUACGUUUGUCGAGCAAGAAAAAGAGCGGCACAGACUGAAAAUGAAGCACAUUGUCGAAAAGGAAAAAUUAGUUUUAUCAAAAGAACAAGAAAUUCUUCGUGUCCAUUGUAAAGCAGCCCAGAUGAUUGCAAAUCAAUCACAACCAUUCUCAGUUUGCACAAUGCUCAAGGAUGAAGAAGUUUACAACAUAAUUACUCCUGAACAAGAAGAAAAAUAUAGAAAUAAAAAUAGAGAGAGAUCUCAUGGCAGAGUAUUUUAUCAAGCCCUGAAAGAACUGGAUGACAAAUGGGAUAAAAUUAAGGAGGCGAUGAUAAUUAGACAUACAAAUGAAGCAGAAAGUCUUCAUGCUGUUCAGAAAAUGGAUUGGGAUUGGAAAUUAAAGGAAUUAGCACUUUGUGAUUACAAGGCAACACCUGAAAUUGAAGAACUACAUGUCCCAAUGGUUGAUGUUAGUGACGAAUAUACUACUCCAAGCACGAGCGAUUAAAAUUACACUCCAAAGGAGUAUAAAUCUUUAAAGGAUCUAUUAAAUAAUAUAUUUAAAUAAAUUAUUAUUCCUAUUUACGAUGAAUAAAAUCAUCCAAAGUCUUAACGU